AUGGUUGCCGUCGCGUUGAACCUGACGGUUACGCCAGGAGUCGCUCGCCUGGGCGCCCGCGCGAGCAGCAGCGAAAUAUCGAUUCCCCAAAAGCGCACUUAUGUUUUUAUCGUUAACCCUAAAGCUGGCAGCGGCAAGUCGUUUAAGAAAUGGGAGGAGAUGAAGCCGCUGCUGCAGACGUCGCUGGGGGAAGAGAUUACUGUGCGCGAAGCACUCACAGAGUACCCCUACCAUGCUGCUGAGCUGGCAAGAGAGGCGGUGGAGCAGGGGGCAGAGGCGGUGGUGGCUGUGGGGGGAGAUGGCACACUGCACGAGGUCGUGAACGGUUUUUUCUCCAACGGGCAGCCCGUGGUUCCUCGGGCAGCUGUUGCGCAGCAAGCGCUGCGGACUGGGGACGAGGUGCAGCUGUCAGAAGAGCUCAGGGAGCAGCAAGCAGCGGCGCACAUGGAGCCUUCAAACGGUGACACCCAACGCGACAGCGAACGAAACGGCAGUGAACCGACUGAGGUUGCUUCCAGAAGACCAGCGCUGGGGGUCAUUCCUCUCGGCACGGGCACUGACUUUGCUCGAACCUUUGGCUGGAGGAGCAAUGACGUGAAGGCUUCAGUGGCAAGAAUAGUGCGAGGGCAGCGCAGGGCAAUGGACGUGGGGCGAGUUCAGCUGCCUGCCUGUGCCGUGGACCGCUGCUUCAUCAACGUGGCUGAUGUGCACCUGAGCGCACGUGUGGGGCGAGCAGCAGUUUCCUUGAAGGCCCUGGGGCCUCUCUGCUACGCUGUGGCGGCUUUUAAGGCGUUUCCUAAGCACCGGAACUUAGACCUAAGCAUCAGGAGGGACAACGGCCCGUGGGAAACCCUUCCAGCAGUCACCACGAUUGCAAUCGGCAACGCCAAUUACUACGGGGGAGGCAUGAAGAUCUGCCCACACGCGAUUGGUAGGUGGUAA